GUUUGUUACACACUUGCUAUAUCAAUUUUAUCUUCAGUAAUACACUAAUAAAUCGACAAAUUUGCAUCCGGACUUGAUCAUCGUGAAUAGCUCAAAAUUGAAGUGACGUAAAAGCAGUAUUCGAGAAAUUCCUUAAAUACAAAAAUACUCUUUACUUUUCAAGUUUCCUAAAAAUAUACUUUACGGACAUUAACAUGUUAUGUUGAUUACUCUAUUUUUGCGUUUCAAUGUAUCAAAAUUAUAAACUAGGGCAAAACGCCAUAUCUGUUGCCUAUUUCUCGUGUCGCGUUAAGUGUAAAUGGCUAACACAGGCAAUAGCGACAAAUGGUAUUUUACCAAAGACCAGCUGGAAACUACACCGUCAAGAUUAUGCGGAUUCGAUGCAUAUAAGGAACUACAAUACAGACAACAAGCAGCCAAUUUCAUACAGGACAUGGGGCAAAGACUAAAAGUAUCACAGUUAUGUAUUAACACUGCAAUUGUAUACAUGCAUCGAUUUUAUGUAUUUCACUCCUUCACUGACUUCCCAUGGUACCAAAUGGCAGCGGCAGCUCUAUUCUUAGCCGCCAAAGUAGAAGAACAACCUAGAAAAUUAGAAUACGUCAUUAGAGUAGCCAACAUAUGCAAGAACCCUAGGGAUUCUGCGUUUGACAUCAAUUCUGAAAGAUAUAUCGCCCAGUCGCAAGAUUUGGUAUUCAAUGAAAACGUUCUACUACAGACAUUGGGUUUCGAUGUGGCCAUAGAUCAUCCGCAUACAUAUGUUGUAAGAUGUUGUCAUUUGGUUAGAGCUAGUAAAGAUUUAGCUCAAACUUCAUAUUUUAUGGCUAGUAACAGUUUGCAUCUUACAACGAUGUGUAUUCAAUAUAAACCCACUGUAGUAGCAUGCUUUUGUAUAUUACUUGCGUGUAAAUGGUCCAAUUGGGAGAUACCCUUAUCAAACGAAAAAAAGGAAUGGUUUACCUAUGUGGAUCCAACUGUGACAGCUGAACUAUUGGAGCAGUUGACUAGUGAAUUUUUAGUUAUUUUUGAAAAUUGUCCUUCUAGGUUAAAAGAGAAAAUUACAGCCAAACAAGAGAGUUUCAGUAGUCCUAACGAUCAAGACAAAAAACCGGAGGGCAGUAUUCAGCGGGCUCUAGAUUACAAAGGUGAUGACCCGCAUAAACACAGGUCAAGACCACAUGAUCCGUCGUCAAGUGGUCACAAAACUCAAGAACAAAAAGAACGGGAAUACAGGGAGAGAAAAGAAAAAGAGAAAAUAGCUCACAUGAGUGGAAUAACGCUACCUCAUCACCAUCAUAGAUCAGAACGACCGCUCAUGGAUCAGAAAAUGAAGCCCCAUUCUAGGCCGUCUAGCAGUGCUGGUAUCCCUCCCACUAGAACCGAACCAAGGGACAUAUUGAGAGAAGCAUCAAAGGAACCAUCCUUCGGUCUACCGACUCUUCACGAUCCCAGCCGCGAACACGUAAAAGAAUCGGUUACGGUGCGCAGUGAUAAAGAACUUCUAAAACGUGAUCUGUUACUUAAACCUAACGCUCAAACCGAACUAAACAAUUUAAAUAGUUAUUCUGAUGUGCGACAACGAAUAGACCCUAACAGGCCUAGGAUCGAUCCAAAGUCCGCGUCGAAGCAAGAACUAAUGCGUCGGUACGAGGAGCAACAAAAGACUCACAUAAAAUCGGAAACCGAUAACAUUAAAAAACAUUUGAGUUCUAGUUACGAUAAAAAUAGUGCUUAUCUGAAAUCUUCAAGUUCUACCUCGCAGAAAAUUAAGUCGCCUUUUAAUUUAGAUAAUAAGUCCGUCCCGAAAUCGAGCAGCUCCCAGGCUGGCGCGCACCUCAAACCACAUUAUAAUGGAAACACGAAUGGAUCCUACAAUAAGCUUCCCUCUCAUGAACAUGAGGUUAAAAUUAAGACUGAGACUGUUACUAUUAAGGAAGAAAUCCCAACCCCGGCGGUGAUCAAGCGCCCUAGUUUAUUCUCCCCCGAAAAGACUCCACCGCAAGUGAAAUCUGAAAAGGCUGAACCUCUAACCCAUAUGUCUCUUAAUAAUCUGACCGCCUUAUCUCCAAUCACUUCUCCCCCAAGUGUACAGAGUUCUAGAAAUAGGAAUUACUCCAGUAGUUCGGAACCAGAGCUGCGACCUACAAUGAAGAAGAUAGACCAAGUUGAAGGCUUUGAAACGUUAAGGCAGUAUAAUACCAUAGGGGUUAGUAAUAUCCACAAUACUGACAGCACGCAAGUAAAGAAAGAGGAUCACAGCUCCCGUAAUUUCCCCAUAAAAUCGGAAAUAAAGAUCGAACCCGCUAGUCCUGUAAAGGAUUCGAUAAAUUGUCAAAACACGAUAGUAAACGGUCUUGAGACGAACCCUACUAUUAUCAGCAAUCUACUCAAAGAGGCAGCGACAAAUUCUCAUUUGCCCGGCGUUGCUUCUACCUCUAUUAAGACCGAGUCGGUCGAGCCAAAUAAUCUGUCAGUUUUACCGGUAGAACAGAAAGAAAAGGAACACCAUCAUCAUAAAAGUAAAAAGAAGAAAGAGAAGCAUAAACACAAAGACAGGGAAAAGAGUAAAGAUGACAAAGAAAGAAGGCGCAAACAUAAAGAUAAAGAAAAGGAGAAGCACAAGCAUAAAGAAAAGAAAGAAGCGCCAGAAACUCAACCUUUAGUUAGUGAGCCUAUAAAAAUUAAGAUUCAAAAGGAUAAAAUACAACCUUUAAACGAGGGACUGAAGAUCAAGAUUCCCAAAGAUAAAAUCAAUCAAUCUUUACCACAGCCAAGUUCUGGAGGUUUGAAAAUUAAAAUACCAAAAGAAGUGAUUACUAACUGCAAUACCAGUGGCGGUGGCCUUGGAUCCUCACUGGACAUAUCGGUUACUAGCAGCACGAAUUCGAGUCGAAAGCGUGACCGGGAGCGUCUUUCGCCUGCCCAACCUGCACCUUCCAAGAUGGCGAAAAUUAGUCACAAAGAUUCGAAACAGAACGGACGGCCGUCGUACAAUAAGGUGACGCAAGGUGAUGGCGACUCGUCCCUACACAGGUUGGCCGAAUCUAAGUAUACCAAGGGCUCAUCAUAGGUAAAGCAACAAACAUCAAUCGGGUCUUUACUAAGAACGAAAAAUAUCUGAUUAAAUCGCAAGAAAAUGUUACUGUGCAAUAUAGAUUGAGGAGCACACUACUUUUUUAUUUACAUUUUAUUUUCCUUUAAUAUUGUUUUAAUAGAGAAUAGUCUAUGUAUUUUUCAAAAUUAUGUAACUUUAUUUAUUUUGUUUUAUAAAUAAUUAUAAAAAAAAUGUUAAGGGGUGGCUCUUUAGAAGUCAGUAAUGAGGGUUUUUGAUUUUUUUUUUUUUGAUUAAAAGUUUGUUGCUUAGGAGCCGAAUAAAAGUUUAAGUUUCAAAAAUAGCUAUAUUUAGAUCAUGCCAACUUGAAUUAUUUUGAGCUUGUUGGUAGCUUUUUUAUGUUCUGUGGGGAAAAGAGUCACUCGAUAACAUUUAAAUGGUGCUCAGUGAGAAUUUCUUUUAUUUUGAUAGCUUUUAAUUUCGUAUUUUUCAGAUUUCAGUAAUUCGUUACUACAUAUACCAAUUUGGUCAUUUUAGAAGUGUGGUCUGGAUUUUAACGUGUAAGACAGAAUAAUAUAAAUGACCUGUUGACAGACAGAGAGACAAAAUCAAAAGCGGCAAACAGUGUUACCAGU